AAGCAGUAAAUUUCAAGAUCGCUAUAGGCUCGGCCUCGUCCUCGUCGUCGUCCUUGCACUCGAGCUUUUGGCGCUAGCACUGCCGGAGCUGUGCACAGAGGGAAUCAAUCGCCCGCUUCGUCCUCUCUCUCGGCCAAUGUCGCCUCAUCUCCGUUCGUAUGCAGAUUCCGCAAAACAUUCGCCGGUGUCCGGGUUUUGAGGGUUGUCGCUCGGGUCGCGGAGUGGAGAAUUUGAACGGGAGGGAGGUUCUGUUCAUGUAGCUCCGGUUCGUGCCUGGCGCUGGAUGGGUUGAUUGAUUCGGUUCUCUGUUGCCUUUUGUCUGGAUUGUCCCAACUGUUGUUUGUUGGCUUGAGGGUGGGCAAUUGAGAGAAGGCCCUUCGAAGGUGGGAAGCCCGGGAGCGUUUUUGUUUUGUUUCUCAGCUUUUUCGCGUGGUGGGCCUCUCGGUACCCACCGCCUGGUGUUGUCACUGGGCUGGUGCGUUUUACCAAUCGCAUUCGUCGAGCAGCAGGAGCAGCAGGAGCAGCAGCAACGACAGUAGCAGGAGCAGCGGGAACAGGUGUUAGAGCAGCGGCGUCGACGCCUUUUCCGGCUUCAGGCCCAUCUUUGCAAUGGGCGCUCCUGAAGAUGAUUCCUCCAAGCUUGUGCAAUCCAUGAGUCUCAAAGACGGUCUCCCUGCGGACGCACCGAUUUUGAAGCCUCGUUCUGAUGGCAGAAGUUAUCGCAGAAUUGUCCUGCCCAAUGCUCUGCAGGUGUUGCUUAUCAGUGAUCCUGAUACUGACAAGGCCGCUGGAUCUAUGGACGUACAUGUUGGAUCAUUUAGUGAUCCAGAGGAGCUACCCGGUCUGGCUCAUUUUCUUGAGCACAUGUUGUUCUUUUCAAGUGAAAAGUACCCAGACGAAGACAGCUUCUUCAAGUUUCUUGUGGAGCAUGGAGGCCAAUCAAAUGCCUACACAGCUCCGGAGCACACAAAUUUUCACUUCGAAGUCAGUGCUGACCACUUAGUGGAAGCACUCGACAGAUUUGCCCAGUUUUUUAUCUGCCCUCUAUUCGCAGCAGAUGCUACUUCACGAGAAAUCAAAGCUGUAGAUUCUGAGAACAGCAAGAAUCUUACAACGGAUGUGUGGCGCAUGAAUCAGCUUGCGAGGCACUUGACUUCCAAGGAUCAUCCAUUUUACAAGUUUGGAACUGGAAGUCUGGAAACUCUUGAAGUAAUCCCGAAGAAAAAAGGGAUAGACACUCGAGCAGAGUUGCUCAAGUUCUACGAAGCACGCUAUUCGUCCAAUUUGAUGUGUCUCGCUGUUUAUGGAAGAGAAAGCUUGGACGAGCUUCAGAAGCUUGCUGAAGAGAAGCUUAGUGCUGUCAAAAAUUCGAAGAAGGAUAUAGUGCGGUUUCCUGGUCAGCCAUGCUCUGCGGAGCAUUUGCAAAUCCUGGUGAAGGCAGUUCCGGUACGGGAAGGUCACACUCUUAUGCUCAUGUGGCCAGUCACGCCUGAGCUGCAGAAUUAUCGAGAAGCACCCUCUCACUAUAUUGGACAUCUGAUCGGGCAUGAAGCUGAUGGCUCCUUGUUCGCUCUUCUUAAACAGUUAGGUUGGGCAAACAGUUUAAGUGCUGGGGAGAUGGAGAGCAACCUUGAUUCUGCAUUUUUUAUUGUCGACAUCGAACUGACGGAUGUUGGACAAGAGCAUAUGGAGGAGGUGGUAGGAUUCACUUUCCAAUACCUCAGUGUUCUUCGAAAGGAAGGUGUUGCUGAAUGGAUAUUUAAGGAGCUUCAAGCUGUGUGCGAUAUGAAAUUCCACUUCCAAGACAAGAUGACUCCAGUUCAUUACGUCUCAAGUCUUGCAAACUACAUGCAGCUCUACCCCCCAGAAGAUUGGCUUGCCGCCUCCAUGUUGCCCCGUAACUUCAAUAGCGAGGUUCUUUCAGAAGCAAUUCAACAGUUGACGCCGGAGAGAGUUAGGAUUUUUUGGCAUUCAAAGAAGUUUCAAGACAUCGCAACAGAUGAAGAGCCGUGGUAUGGAACACGAUUUACCAGCAAGAAGAUCGAUGAAUCCCUAAUAAAGAAAUGGCAGUCCGCUGAUGUUGACCCCAGAUUGCACCUGCCUAAUCCUAACCUUCUUAUUCCCACGGACUUCAGCCUUAUCAAUGAUGCCGACUCAAAGGUCCAGUUCCCCUUCGUUCUGAAGAAGAGUGAUAUGUACAGACUUUGGUACAAAGCCGAUUCGAGGUUUGGUACACCAAAGGCAUGCAUUCAGAUGCAUUUCAAUUGCCCAGAGUCUAAUUAUUCUCCAGAAGCAAGCAUCCUGACACGGAUUUUCACGAAAAUGCUCGUGGACUACCUCAAUGCUUAUGCGUACUAUGCAGAGGUGGCCGGUCUUAGCUACAAAAUAUUAGUUACUGUUCAUGGUUUUCAGGUAUCCGUUUCAGGUUACAACCAUAAGUUGAUUGUUUUGACAAAGAAGAUCAUGGAGAUGAUUGUGAACUUCGAAGUUAAAGAAGAUCGUUUCAAAGUCAUGAAGGAAAUGGUGAUGAAGGAUUGUGUGAAUUUCCGAUUCCAGCAACCAUACCAACAAGCCCUUUACAACUGCAGCCUUCUUCUGGAACACAGAAGGUGGCAUGUCAAUGAGUACAUCGAAGUUCUUCCAGACCUAACAGCCGAAGACCUUCGGCAGAUGUUCCCUAGAAUUCUUUCGAGAAUCUUCGUGGAGUGCUUCGUCGCUGGUAAUAUUACGUCGAAAGAAGCUGAACUAUUAAUUGAGCACGUUGAGACAACGCUCAAGAGUGGCCCAACUGUAAAUGCGAAGCCUCCGUUCUCGUCUCAGCUCAUGGAACAGAGAAUCGUUCGACUAGAAGAUGGUUCUGACUUCAUUUACGCGUCGCAAGGCCUAAAUCCACAAGAUGAGAAUUCGGCGUUGCAACUUUAUCUCCAGGUCGGCCAGGAGGAGACAAAUAUGAAUAUUCUUGUCGAGUUGCUAGUUUUGACCAUAAAGGAAGGUGUCUUUCAUCAACUUCGAACCGUAGAGCAGCUUGGAUAUCUGGUCUUCGUCGCCACCAAAAAUGAUUUUGGCGUUCGGGGAAUCCAAUUUCUCAUUCAGUCAACUGUCAAGGACCCUGGAGCUCUUGAAGACAGGGUGGAGGCCUUCCUUGAGAGAUAUGCAGACACUCUUGAGAAGAUGCCUCAAGAAGACUUCAAGAGGCAUGUGGACGCGUUGAUUGAAAUGAAGCUGGAAAAAUACAAGAACCUGUGGGAAGAAAGCAGUUUCUACUGGAGAGAAAUUUCAGAUGGUACCUUGAACUUUGACAGGCCAGAAGUGGAGGUAGCAGCUUUGCGGAAACUUGAGAAAGAGGGACUGGUCGAUUUUUUCAAAAGUUUUGUCCAACGAAAUGCCCCAUAUCGUAGGAAGCUCAGUCUCCAGGUGUAUGGCAGCCAACAUCUUGAAGAGCUUAGAUCCGUCGUAGAAGCGGGCAGGGAUUCUUGCCCGGUGGAAAGUAAAUACCUCCUAACAAAAGAGGGCAAAGUUUUGAAGGGCAAAGAUGGAGAAGAGGUGGGAGCCAAGAGUCGGGGUCGUCUUAUUGAUAAUAUCAGCACUUUCAAGCGGGCGCAGAGUUUGUACAGUUCUCUAAAAGGUGGUUUACACCCUGAGUACAAGUGAUCCUUUGACGGGAUGCAAGGUACUGAAUUCUGCCAUUGGCUUGUGAAUCUCUUCAGCAACAUGUAUGUAGAGGCAUAGCUUAGAUACGAGCAGAGUGUUGAGGAAUUUUGAUACUAUCUUGUCAAAGGUAUGUGCAUCUUCUGCCAACGAAACACAUGAAAAGUCAAAGCAACACGGAGGUCAUUUAGUAGUUGUUUUGAUUUCAUGUCAACUCGAAAAGUUGAAACUGUAUACCGAAGAUGUUCACCGUGUUUGUGUAACUUCGGCCGCGCUACGCGUUGAUGCGGAUAUGGGUCACAUUAGCUUUAACAAGAGCUGCCUCCAUCGGGCUACAACUAUCUUACCGUGUCACGCAUUCCAGCUCUGCGCAGAUUGCUUUCUUGGUUGGAUUUGAAUUUGAGGAAUGAGUUAUUCCUUGCCAGAGGAAUAUAAAUAGUACAAACUAGUAAAAAUAAUUUUUGUACGAAUUUCGAAUUGCUGUGCCAACAAGUAACAUACAUGUAUUCUUCUCGCAUCACAACGAGUGAAUUUUCCUGCAUCAACACUAUUGAAACCAGAAACAGCGUACAACACCGAGCGUGGUCCAGUUCCAUCACUGGUGCAAUCGCUGAAAGUGUGUAAUUCUGAGUGGUUCCCAUUACUUGAAGAUAAAAGGUAGUUAGUGUGGCACGCCGAGCGUAGUCCUGUCUUAACCCUUUAUAACUGUACCACAACUACUCGCUCUUUAAGAAAAAAGUUUUCAUCAAUUACCUUUGCAGGACCGCAGUUUCCAUAAGUACUCACUCAGCAUGUGUUACUAUUCAACAGCGUACGAGGUGUGGAGUCAUAUCAAGACUCUUCCCUGAACGGUCUCCUUGAACGG